CUACAUUUGUUUUGUUUUCUCGAUGAAUGCCUCCUGAUGCCGACUGGCCUGCACACAACAUUCCAACGAGCUCACAGUGUAUUUGAAAAGAAGACAAGACUUCUAGGUAAGGAAGGCUAUUUGCCAACAGAAACCAAGGUGAGUUGCUAUAGAAGAAGCUAGAUAAUCAACAUGAUUGGUUACGCUAAGAACGUAUACAAUAAACAUGGUAUUGAAUCGAGCAGCAGUGGAAAUAUUCCUAAAUCAAACUCCCCGAUAUACAGGGAGAGGGAUUAAAAGGCAGACAGUCCAAGACAAUGCUUAAACCGGCGAAGUUUUCUCUCUCUUUAUGCUUCGUUUUGUCUUCUCAACCGUGGCCCAAAUGUCUAGAGCGCCGAUGAUCGAGAACGAUACUCAUAGCUCACGAUCCCUUCUGCCGACCAUACAUCCCUAUACCCAAGCGAACGGAACGGCAGCAUACGCACCCACAAGACUCACACGGCUUCUCUCAUAUAUUCCCCCAUUGCGGGCAUCCUCCAAGAUGGCGCCGUCACCCCUUCACUCCCUCCCCGCGCCGACCAUAACCCUCAAACCCAUCCUAGCAGCAUUCACACAGCCGCCAACAGCAACCCCAACAACCCUCAUCACAACAGUUGCAAACCUCAUCCCCCGAACCGCAACAACCGUCUCCGUCUACAUUACUCAGAUUCCCUCGGCCUCCGCAGCGCCAGACGCACCAAAGCUCAAGGACCCAGUCUACGGUAACCUCACCUGGACCUUCAUCGUGGUCCCCUGCGUCCCGGUAAUCGUCCUCAUUUUCUUCAUCUUCACUUGCUACCAGGAGCGCCGCCGCGCCAUUAAGAACUUGAAGAAGAACCCCGAUAUCGAGAUGCAGACCUUUCACAAGUUCUGGUUCCCCUGGCGCGAGCUCGAUAAGAACGAGGUCGCCAACGAGGUAAGUACAAGCAAAACCAACCUGUCCUCUUCUCAAAUCACAUCCCUUCCCCCUGGUGCUCGAGAUGAUGGUCCUGGUGAUGCUGCUGCUGCUACUUCAACUUUGGCUCCAGCUCCCAGCGGCAGCACAUCCCCAGGCAUCCUCAUCCUCGGAGAACACCCCCGUCGCAAGAAGCGUCGAUGGGCAGCGUGGCACCCAAGUGACGGAACCCAGAUCCCCCCCAUAACCCUCUACGAGAACCCUCCUCCCUGGGGCCGACGACACCUCUGGUCCGAGGUCAUGGCGUACCCGUCCCUCCUAAACCCAGGCCUCAUCCGUCGUCGAAACAAAACCCCUACCAACACCAAGCCCGAUUCCGCCGACGAUACCUCCUCCUCUUCCUCUUACUCCUCUCCUCCGAGCCCGAACGCCUCUCCCCCGAGACUUGCCUCCCCUCGGACCGCUCCCCCGAGAAUCUCACCCCCUCGAACCCCCGGCGGCCUACCUGUAAUUGCCGAAACGGACUUCGACGAAGGCGACAUUGCCACCGCUCUGAGACGCCCCCGAUUCGCAGAGCCCACGACUCGGAUCAUCGAACCCGAACGCGAACCCGGUCCAGGACGAGAUACUAACCCACACCCUUCCCAGAUCUACGGAAGAACAGGCCGCCGUCGCCACUGGGGCCACGAAGAUGACCAUCCCCGUGAUGGCCAGAGCUCCAGCUCUGGCGAGAACCAGACAGACACGUCAGACGAAGGAGACACCAAUAACGGUUCUGACAACGAUGAAGGCAACCACUCGGACGCAGACUCCAUAACCACACAGAAGCCCCUCCGUCCCCCAACCGACAUCCCCUCCUUCGGCCGCUUCAAAGAAAUCUCUUCCUCUACUGCCACUGGUACUCCAGAGAACACCACCGCCGCAAGCAGUAGCGGCACGGGCAAUGGCACAGGCACCUGGGCAGCAGGCCACAUCCCCUCCUACUACGGCGCCUCUCCAUCCUCAGCGCAGACUCACCCCCACCAGCAGCAGCCAUCUUCAAGCGCAUCCACCUCGACAACCCCAACAGCAGCAGCAUCCGCCGGCGCAGCAGCCCUAACCCGCCGAGCCCAUGCCGCAGCAUCUCGAGCCUCCGCCGCAAAUUCAGACGGCGUCUCCCCGCUCUCCAGCGCGCGAUCCUCCACCGUCACCGUCACAUGCGACCCCCACCGCCGAACAGCAAACACCGUCUCCAGCAUCGGAUCCGAGCCGGGCUCCCCAAGCCGCUUCGGCACCGUCGAGUGGCGUUCCGCCCUUGUCUUCGAUUCUGACGAGGAAGAAGGCCAGCGCAGCAGCAACAACAAGACUGGAAAGGGGAAGAACGCCAAGCCCUAGAACAGCGAGGUCUCUUCUUCUUCUUCCGCUGUUGCUACAUGUAGUACCGCACUUCCCGCUGGAAUCGACGAGAUCGCGACCAAGGCCAAGUCCAAGU